CGCCCGUCGGCCGCGCCGCGUCAUGUCGGGCGCUGCUCGGCGCUAGUGCCCGGGGCCGCCGCCUCCCGCCCGCCCGAAGCCGCGCCCACUGUCCAGAGCCAGAGGGAUGGUGGUAGUCACGGGGCGGGAGCCAGACAGCCGUCGCCCGGACGGUGCCAUGUCCAGCUCCGACGCCGAAGACGACUUUCUGGAGCCGGCCACCCCGACGGCCACGCAGGCGGGGCACGCGCUGCCCCUGCUGCCCCAGGAGUUUCCUGAGGUUGUUCCCCUUAACAUUGGAGGGGCUCACUUCACCACACGCCUGUCUACCCUGCGGCGCUAUGAAGACACCAUGCUGGCGGCCAUGUUCAGCGGGCGACAUUACAUUCCCACAGACUCCGAGGGCCGGUACUUCAUUGACCGGGAUGGCACCCACUUUGGAGAUGUGCUGAAUUUCCUGCGCUCAGGGGACCUGCCACCCCGGGAGCGUGUACGGGCUGUGUACAAAGAGGCUCAGUACUAUGCCAUCGGGCCCCUCCUGGAGCAGCUAGAGAACAUGCAGCCUCUGAAGGGGGAGAAAGUGCGCCAGGCGUUUCUGGGACUCAUGCCUUAUUACAAAGACCACUUGGAGCGGAUUGUGGAGAUUGCCCGGCUGCGUGCAGUACAGCGGAAGGCCCGUUUUGCCAAGCUCAAGGUCUGUGUCUUCAAGGAGGAGAUGCCCAUCACCCCCUAUGAGUGUCCGCUUCUCAACUCCCUGCGCUUCGAGCGGAGUGAGAGUGAUGGGCAGCUCUUUGAGCACCACUGCGAAGUGGAUGUAUCUUUUGGGCCCUGGGAGGCUGUGGCUGAUGUUUAUGACCUACUGCACUGCCUGGUCACAGACCUCUCAGCCCAGGGCCUCACUGUGGACCAUCAGUGCAUCGGGGUGUGUGACAAGCACCUCAUCAACCACUACUACUGCAAGCGCCCCAUCUAUGAGUUCAAGAUCACAUGGUGGUGAGUAGCCCGGGUAGGGAACAGAGUCCUAUCAGGGAGGGUGUCCAUUCCCCUUAGUGGCGCUGGGAGUAAGAUCCCUGGAAGGGAUACUGACUGCCCCAGACCUGCUGAGGUGAGGACCAAGUCCUGAGGCACAGCUCCAAGGGGACGGAGGUCUCCCAGCUGUACCUCGGGGUCAGGCUCAGGGCUUGUGGCCCACAGGGACCUGGUGCCUGGAUUCACCUGACCUCUCCUCAAGGCACAGCAGUCUCUGCCUGAGGCUUAGGGGUCUGGGUAGCUAGGGCUUGACCAGAAAGUCCAGAGAGGUUUUGUCACUCUUGUUCUUGCAAGAGAGUUUCUGCCCUUUUUAGAGCCACGUUACCAAACUGUUGUAGGCAUAAUCACUUCCUCAACCCUGUUCACGUAUCCCUUCCUUGUGCCUAGUGUAUAGGUAUGAACACAGAAUAUGAUGGGGGGUUUACCCAGGUAGCCACCCCACAGCCCCUGGCUGAAGAAGAAGCAUCUUCUCUCCCUCUUCCCCCAGGGAUAGUUCCAUGCUUUGUUUUAGGAUGUGGAAAGACUCUUCCUCCUGGAACAUAUUCUUCACCACUUUUUGGAGAUGUAACCAUAGUUGCCAAAGCCAUGUACCAGGUUGGCCUUAGAAAAGCACAAUGUUUACAGCCCUGCCUUAGGGCCUUGGCUUCUCCUACCUUCCACCAACCUUCCUUGCUUGAAGGGUUAUCUUCUCAGGGCUGUAAUGCAGAUUUCAGAGGUUCCUUUUGAAGAUUUCCCUGAAUCGAGCAGACAAGUUGCAUAGAUCUUCUGUUAUCUUUGAGAUGUAACAUCCUUUCUAGAGGCUCAGAAUAUCUCUUUGGCUGCCAUUUCAUGUGUUAGCAUCCAAUUUGUGGUGAACCUCCUUAGAUAGAAACCCCCUGUGUUUUUAACCCUAUUGCUUUAUCCUGCUAAUGUUCUCCUAGGAGAGUGUCUGUUCUGAGGAGGCAAAGAAAGGGUUGGGUGGGAGGCACAGCUAUCCCGGGAGCUGUAGGAAGAUAGCAGCACUUCCAUCGUGUUUUACUGUCCCCAUUUCAGAGACAGAAAAAGAUUCACAAGGCUCUGUUCCCACUGCAUUUCCUUCUUGCUCCAUGUGCAGACUAGGGUGGUCAGUCGGAUGUGGACACACAUCCCCUAAAGGAAGAGCCAUGCAGCACCAGUAAUCGGAACGUAACAUUUCUGUGCUGCAUUAGAGACUUCUCCAUGUGAUUGUGAUUGUGCUUGAUUGUUCCUGGGUGUUUUGUAGAGAGAUUUUUUGUAUAUAAAAAACUAGUGAGGACAGCCUCAUUGGUCUCAGUCCUGUGAGACCAAUGGUUGGUGAUGUAGGGAAGGGGUAGCUAAAGAUGUCUGUAUCCUUCUAAGGAAGAGAAGGCCAAGCCUUAGGACCUUGGCAGAACUCCUUCAUAAGGCAGUGGCCUCCUGGCCCUCUGUGGCAACAGGGAUUCCAGGGCAUGGUUUUGCACUCUUACAUUGUGUUCUUAUAUGGUGGAACAGAGGUAUAGAAUGAGAUCUAAGAGGAAAGUAUACAGUCAGUUGUUCAGGUUCCAAGGUAUGCAUCCCUUCUAUUGUUCUCAUCCACAGAUGAAUCAUCACUUUUCUGGAGUUGAUUUCCCUGCUUGAAACUUAGUCCAACAGCAUGCCUCUUGUCUUGUUCUAACAGAAGUCUUUCAUUUAAGUUGCUCCAGUUGGUGUUACUGCCUAAUACAGAUUCAUUUUUAGACAGACACUGAGGGAAGCUAUUCAGGAGAAAGGCAGUAUGAGUAGAAAGCAGACAAUUAAUCCUAGUGCUUUCAGGAAUCUGGCCUUGGCCCUGUCUCUCUCCCACCCUUGUCACAGAGUAUCACAGUACUUGGUUAUUUAGAGUCCAUGCACGUAGGAUGGAGUGAUUGGUUUGCUCAAAAACAAUCCCUGAAGACAAGCUUGGAGCUGCAGAGAUGCUGCACAAGGACACUGUCCUUGUGCCUCUUGCUAGAGACACCCCUUUGGAUCCGCUCUGCCCCUGUGUUGUUCUCACAGUGGUGUGUUCUGUGCCAUUGUGGGGGAGACAAGGCGCUGGGCCAGUAGACCAGGCAGCGCAGGGAUACUGGCAGCCAGCUUAGAGCUCUUUCCAAAUGAAGUAAAAGAAUUCAGUGGCCCAAUUUGGCCAUUCUCUGAUGAGAAGCCAAGGCCAGGCUGAAAAGUGCUUUUGGAUGUGGUGGUGGUGGUAAUGGCCUCCAAAUAAAGGUCAUAUCUGAGGAAGAGACUUCUCCAAGUUGUAUCCUUUCUCAACUCUAACUGGUCAACUCUAAAGCAUAAGAACGGUUGGGUUAGGAACGAGGGCCCCAAAGGAUGAACACUUCUUCCCAAUCAAAAGGGAGUAUAUUUUCAUAGCAUUCUUGUGCAUCGUGUUGGUGGGUCAAACCAAAGUGCCUGCCUUUGGAGCUUCCAUUGUGUUUGUGGGCACCUUUUCUCCCAGGUGUCAUGCUCACGGUUGGGAAGGUGAAAGUUUUAGGAUACAGGAUCGUGUGGUGCAAUAGCAGCCAUAACAAAAUUCAAUAAAAAUGAAAAAGUUAAUUAAUGGCACAAAAAAGAUUGAAGCAAAACCACAAUGAAACACAUCACACCAUCCCAGAAGGGGGAAUUCUUUGGGUAGCACUCUAAAUAGAAGAAAUACAGGACUCGUCACCACCCUUAUUCUACCUUCGGUUAAUUCACAAGGCUGUCCAGUGCUUAUCACGUGGCAAGGAGUCAACUGUGCUCUGAAAGUUUCUAUUCUUUCUUCCUGGGGCUGAGGAUAUUCUGGGAGCUGUCUGAACCUUGUGCCUCAGGCUGGUCAGGUGACUUUAUCUUCCUGUUCUGGGUUGCUUGUUGGAAGACUAGGAAGAAUGACAUUUCCAAACCACAAAGUGGGGUGAGCCUCACUGUGCAGUCUUGGCCUCAGCUGGAUUUUGAAGAGGUUAAGACAAAUGACAACAACAACAAAAAACCAAAAACUACUCACACUGAUCCCAGUUAGAAUUUCAAAUAUCCUUCUGCAUACCUUCUGUCCAUAUUUGAUUCUAAGUGAUUAAGCUUUCUUGGGCACCAUUUUGCUGUGACUCUUUCAUGAAGGUAGUGGCUGCCUUGUGAUCCUUAAAAGAGGGAGGCUCUAUUCAUCAGAAGCCAGAGUGUGAGAGACUGGGGUGGGAGAGGCACUUUUUGGAAUUCUGGAAGAAUCAUACAUGUAUACAUAUGUUAAUUGGGAGAAGGGUGGGUGGGCAGGGGUUGAGGAGGAGGGAACAAAGACUGGGUAUAGGAACAGGUUGCCUCUGGAGUAUGGGAGGUCACCUGGGUCCAUUGUCUUCCUUCUGUACGGUGUUGGGUGUUGGGUUCGUGUACAUGGUAUAACAUUUCCUAUGUUCGUUCACUCCCUGUCUGUGAGCGCUUUGGUGCAUGGAGCCUCAGUACCCUCACGUGGCAUUAAAGUAAAGAAUUAGAACCUG